UGGGUCUUCAGGAAACAAGGCAAAAAUAGUCGGGGUAGAACCAGACAGUGAGAGUGAAACUUGGUUCCAGGACAGUAAAAGCAACGAGAGGCAAGGCUGCAAGAGGGUAAGACAGAGUAAGAGAGGGCCGUAGGCAAUAAGUGCUCAUGAGCUCAGGUUGGCAUGGAUACCAUCUUAGUCUUCAGCCUAAUGAUUGCAUCCUAUGAUCCCCACAAGAAUGACCUCAGAAAGAGCAGCUGCCACGUGGAACAGCUCCCCAGCUUCUUCCCAAAGGAUGUGAGGCACAGCAAGGAUUUGGUAAUAAGAGUUCUUCCAGAAAUUCACACAGACGUCAAAGGCAUCAUCCAGCCUCAGACUAUAGCGACCCUGCAGUGCCUUGGCUCCGGGAGGAGAGUGGGGGUCCACCUUGUACAUUCCGGGAGAAGGCCGAAGACCAGGUACACUCUGAAGAACCUGAGAGUCGCUGCUGCCCCCCACAGAAACAGCACUUCCCCAAGCUGUCACCUCAUGCCCGCACUCCAGUUUCAGGAUGGAUUCCUUCUAACAGCUUCUCUACCGGGGCUCUCGCAGUGCAUGGUCAACCCAGCGAAGGAUCGAUCUGCUUCAUCAGAGACAGUGCCCAUCCCCACCACCUCCACAACGCCUAAAAAUAAAGGAGGGAAAAUGACAAGCACUGGGGCUUUUCCCAUCCUUUUGACACAAGACACAGAUGUGAACCUAAAGAAAAGGCAGAAAUGGAGCAUCGUAAUUAAGGCUCUGAUUGCUGCUACUCUGCUGCUCAGUGGAGUCAUCAUUAUUGUAUUUGUCAUCUUUGAAGUCCCGUGCCCGAGUCGAUGCUGCCGCAGAGCCAGAAGGCUGUGCCAAUGUCAUUGGUUAUGGAAAAGGGAAAGGGAGGAAGAGCAGCAGCCUGGGACAACUGAGUCCCAGAUGGGCUCUCAGCCUGAGAAGGGAAGUAUUCUCCGUAAAGUCUGUGCCAUCUGUUUAGAGAAAACAAUGUUAACCUGCAAGGGGAAAACGGUGCUAAACACUGGUUUGCGGAGACCCACGUGGGGGUUCGGCGGGUCAGGUGGGCCGGGGCCGCGCUCCAACGCACAGCCGCGCGUACAGAGGUACCGCACCGCCCGCCGCGUGGGGAACCGGCUCGGGACUCCCCUGGCCGCACCAACCUCCCCUGCCGCGUGGUCACGGCAGCGGCGGCCCGCACCUCGUGACCCCGCGUGCUUCCGCUCCCGUCGCCCGGUCCCGCGCCUCACCUCGCCACGUCUAGCACCUCCGCGACCAAGAACCUCCCGCGGCGCGCGCCGUGCGGGCUCUCUGCGUGCGCGCUAG